UUUACGAAAAUUUUCUUUCUUUUUUUUUUUUUUUCUAUCGCGACGAUUUAAUCAAGGCAAACAAAAAAUGUGGCUAGAAUGUCCGGCCUGUCCGAGAUCAAAUUACCCGUGCUUUAUACGAAAGGUAGCAGUGGCAGCAGUAGCAGCAGUGGCAGUAACAGAGGCAACAACAAUAACAAUAACAAUAACAAUAUCAACGGUACGAAACCUAAGAACAAGUCCAGUACUAAGAGGAUGACCGCAUCAAAAUCCAUCGUUCAAUCGGUAGACGGAUGUACGGGUAAUGGAUCGUUGGAAACUGUCCAAAUAGAAUCAUCGUUUCCAAGUCCUGUAAGAUCUCGUAGCGCUUUCUGUUCACCUAAGAAGGUUACCAAUCAGAAUUUAGAUUCUACGACGAUCAAAAAGUCACCUAAGAGGUGUGUACAAUUAGACGAACGACAUUGUUCGCUAAAUAGUUCGAAUCGUUCGCCGAGAAGACGAGAAUUAUCCUUUUCCGAGGACUUCGAUCAAGACGAGAUGGGUUUGACUUUUGAUUUUUAUUCGAGAAACGCGGAAAACAACGAGCCAUGUUUGUCAUUUCUCAAAUUCGAAUCUCUUUACACUAUGGAGAAACAAAUGUUGAUGCAUAGUAUUCCUCUUUUGGAAGGAAAAGAUGUUUUUCUUGGUAGCAGGCGAGGCCUAUACACCGAAUUACCGGAUUCGGAUCCGUUAAUUCAACAGCGACAAUACCAUCAGCAACAAAUUGGUCCGAUUGGCUCAGCCAACAAGGUGGCCUCUCAAUUCCCCAUGGAAGGCUUCAGUUACGCACCGGGCUGGGCUCUGAACGCUGAUCAUUUUUAUCAAUGGCAACAUCGAGGAAAAACAACUCAGCAGAUCUACACCGAUUGGGCGAAUUAUUAUCUCGAACGAGGUGGUUCUAAGAGACGAGUUUCCGAUCUCCAAGCCGAUCUCUGCGACGGUGUCCUUCUUGCCGAUUUGGUGGAAGCUGUCACGAAUCAGAAGGUGAUCGACGUUAACCGAAAGCCCAAGAGCGUUCAACAAAUGGUCGAGAACGUGAAUUUGUGCGUGGGAGCGCUCCGAGCGCUGGGGGCAGACGUGGGGGCUGUGAAUCCUGGAGAACUAGCGGCAGGAUCAACCCUUUGGCCGGUCCUCGCCCUGCUCUUCGCCCUCUCGCGAUACAAGCAAAGAGCGAAACAACUACAGGAUAUGCCUAGAUUACCAUCACCGUACAACAAACAAUCGGGUGUCGGUGGUUGUGCUGGGGUUGGUCCAGGGAGUGCCACGAGCAUACCCUUACCUGCGACGGUGGCUGCAACGAGACGAUGUCCUCCAGACAAAGUAAGACCAGUUCCAACUCCCACGCAUCAGUCUCCUCUCGUCGUUCGCCGAACGUCAGCUCGUUCAUGAUCCCGUGGGAAAAAGGAAAUGUUUUGCGUACGAUUCGUACGCGAGAGGAACGUUCGCGAGGGUGGUGUUGGUGGUGGUGGUGGUGGUGGAACGUCGACGACUACGACGACGACGACGACGACGACGACGACGAUGACGAGGACACUGGCAACGGUUCGUUUUCUUCCUCAACGACACGAACUCGAGCCCGGUGAGCGAGUACUACCAACAUAUGUAUAUAUGCUUGUCUUUUUCUUCUAACAACCGAGGGCCUUCUUGUCUUGUGUACCUACCACUAAAUUCUUUUUCCUUCUCUUUCUUUCUUACUACAUCUUUUUCUCUUUCUUUCCUUCAUUCCUAUUUGUCUUUUUCCUUCAGACUCAAGGAGUCUCUUUGACAUCGUUGUCAUUAUACAGAAAUGGGUAUCAUCGAGAUAACUAAAGGA